UAAUUUCCCUAACAUUUGGUCUCGUGACGAAUUGGAACUAAGGACUGUGGCCUAAAAAGGAAGUUUCGUUCUUAAAAUACAAAUGGUCGCUUUAUUCAGAGGAAGUAUGGAAGCUGUUGGUUAUUGGUAGACUUUUCAGGAAAUCAAUCGUUUGUGACAUCUCCAACUGACUGCAUAAUUUGUUUGUUUGUUACAAUUUUGAAAACUGGAAGAGCAAAAUCAAACUCAAAAAUCAGAAAUCAACCAUGAUUGUUGCUGCAGAAUCCACAGAAUCUUUGACAACUCCAAUGCUUGGAGGCAGUUGCCAGCCAUUAAGUCAACAAGCAUAUAUCCGAGGGAAAAAGAGAAGGAAGUUUCCAGGGUUUUGCAUUUUGGUCUCAGUCGUAUUGGAGCGUCUGGCAUACUACAGCCUUCUUGGAAAUUUGGUAGUUUAUUUGACUACUGUUUUGAACUGGAAUUCAGCUUCAACACUCGCCACGACCCUCCUCUUUACUGGCUUUACGUGGAUAUCUUGUUUCAUUGGUGGAAUGUCAGGCGAUGUAGUGUAUGGUCGAAUGAACACAAUAUGUUUAGGCCUUGUUCUCUACUUCAUAGGAUAUCUGUGCCUCCCUUUUAUCACAUUUGUUGUAAAGCCCGGUAGUGAUGGGUCGUCUCCGUUUAUUGUUCUUUGGCUUUUUGCUGCCUUAAUUUUAAUCUCGAUUGGUGAAGGAUGCUUUAAGUCAAAUAUGUCCCCUUUUGGGGCAGAUCAAGUUGACAACGAAAAUAAAAACAAAUUUUUCAACUUUUAUUAUUGGGCAAUUAACAUAGGAUCAUUCCUUGGAUUUGGACCUGUUGUGUAUCUGCAAGAGAAAAAGAAUUUCAUAUAUGGGCAUGCCUUGCCUGCUGGAUGUCUACUUCUGGCAUUGACUUUCUUCAUGUUACCAAGAUCAGUAGGCUACAUUAGCAACCCACCUGCUCCAAACAUAAUAAAGAAGAUUUUCCAAAUCAUAAGGGAAGCGAGAAGAAACAGAAAGAAGACACCAGCUCAAAGCCCAUCAGAGUACACUGGUAGUGGAUGCUAUGAAGAUUAUGUUCCAAUAAAACAUUGGCUAGACAGAGCAAAGGCAAAGUAUGGUGGUUCAUAUCUAGAAGCAGAUGUUGAUGAAGUCAAGGUUUUUCUUCGAAUGCUUCCUAUAUUUGGGUUCUUAGUCAUCUACUGUAUCUUAUACUAUCAGACCAAUAGCACCUUUAUUGUGCAAGGAAUGCACUUGGAUGUUUCCAUUGUCAAAAAUUUUCCAGUUCCAGUCGCUUGGCUGGCAAUCACAAACAUUAUUUUUGUGCUUGUGUUCUUGCCAAUUAUUAGCAAAGGACUUUUCCCAUGCCUGAAAAAAUUCAAUUUAGAGCCAUCUUACUUCACAAAGAUUAUGAUUGGUAUGUUUAUUGCAUCAUUAGCAAUGCUCUCUGCUGCAAUCUUGGAUAAGGAACGAUGCUCCGAGUCCACCAUGGUGUUUAAUAAAAUUAGCAGGUACAAUGUCACUGGAAGAAAAGUCACAAUCUUUGCUCAAGUAGCACAGUUUGGCCUUAUGGGAAUCAGUGAAAUAUUUGUAAUGAUAACAGGUUUAGAAUUUGCAUAUUGCCAGGCACCUAAGAGACUGCAAGCUUUAGUUACCGGAUUGUUUUUCAUUGCAAAUGGUAUUGGCAGCUUAUUGGGCUCUUUACUGUUUGAGCUUUAUGCUGUGGGAAUGCCAGGUCAUUUGGACGUAGAUAUGUCUGAACAGCAAAAAAUUGGGGAUUUGAAAGGUCGGCUAGACUAUUUCUUCUAUGGAUUGGCGGCUUUGAACUUUGUAAACUUGCUCUGUUUUGCAAGAUACACUAAGAAGCUCGACAUAAAGGAGAAGAAAUCGUCACAAUCCGUUAAUGAAUUUUUAAGGUCCAAUUUGCUUAGGACUCCUCAAAAAACUUGACUUGGAACAGUGUGCCAAUGGACUUGCUGUUCUGUUUCGUUUUGGUCACAGGCUUUUUUUGCAGUGAAACUUAUAGUUAAAGUAGUCCAUGCAACAUGAUUUUGUUAGUUUAUUUUGUCAAUGUAUUUUUGAUAAUAUUUAAAAAUGAGGCUCUUGAUUGAAGGCAAUCGACAUAUACUGAAGUGGGUAAAGCAAUUGUCAAGAGAAAGUUGGCCAAUCAAUAAGAGUGAUACAUCCCACGUGGUUAUUAAUUGAUAGCCAAUGGUUGAUUGACAGAUGACAAGCCACUUAAGUACUGUCGAUUUCCUUUAAUGUUCUUCACAUGAAUGAUUUUAGUAACGUUACCUGUGGAAUGAUACGCACGUAUAAAUGAAAUAAUUCAUAUACUGAGGUAAUAUACAUUGUAUAUAAAAGGAAUAAUCGUUUGCCUUCAAAGAAUAUAUUUUUUAUGAGAUUGUUUUAUUAGAGAAUACAAAUUCAAAAUUAUGCAUCACCCACAGCUAAUUUCCUACGUUACAUUACCCUGAUACAAAUUCUAAACAUGGAUCUUUAGAAACUUGAAAAUGGAAAUGAAAAGUUUGAAGAGCAGUAGGAAGUAGGAAGGGUUUGUGCAAGGAUAAAAAUGUGCGUGUACAACGAGCAAAAAACUCUAUUUAUAACUCAAGCGUAUCAUCCAAUAGGAUUGCAGUAUGAUACUCUAAAUCCAAUCUACCCAUUGACGUAAACGAACAAUGCAAUCAGAUUAAGCCCCUUAUUGCACCUAACAAGAGAUAAGAAAACCCUAAGGCAAAAAUGUUUUAAUGCCUCAAUGUCUCGUUAUUUUUAGAUCCUCGAACUUAUCUUUGCACAAAUACUUCAAAGCUCUUAGAGUGCCAUUUCAUUGAUUCUUCACUUGCACUCUAAAUUCAUUUUAUAGUGUAAGGCGCUUUAAAUUCUAGUUAAAUCUUUGCUUUCUGCAAUCCAACGGGUGAUUAUAAAUCCACAGCAUCCACGUACAUUUGUAUUAUAGCAAGAGAAAUUUGAAAGUUUGCACUACCCUUUGACAGAUAAACUUUGAUGAAAAUUUUAAAAAGGAAACCUGCAGUUAAUCCUUUCUUUCAAGCUUUUAGAUAAGUUAUGAUUGCAAAAUUCUUUAAGACUGAACUACAACUGAAUGCAGAUUGCACGAACCUGCUCCUUCUGUACCCUUAAUAACAAUGUCAAUUUUAUAUAAACGGAUACGCCAGGGCUUUUUUUGGAAGGUGUCAGUUGCUUAAGAGCAAGGACCGCGAUGAAAAUGGGAUAGUAUUAUUUGCCCGUUAUUUGGUAGUUUCCAUUUUUGGAUGAAAAUAAUUUUUCAGCUGAAAAAUCAAUCUCUAAGGCCUUUAAAUGUAAUGACAUUGCAGAGAUGCUUAGGAGCAGCCUCAAGCGCAACCCAUGUUCUCCAUUUACUCCUUUAUUAGAAUCACGAGGAAAGAGUUCCAAGAAUCCAAACUUAGCGUACAUACUCAAUGAUUACCCAAUAGGUUUUGUACAUUGUAUAUCUAAUUGAUUCUUGUUUAGUGCCAGGGGUGGAUAUAUGUUCAUAUUUUGGGAUUUGGAAAAGGGUUUCACCGCACUAUCAUGCGUGGACGUAGUCUUGGUAAGGCAAAAAUAAACAGUAUUUCGUGGAAAAUAUAGGAAUGUAUUUGACAUGUAUCCCCCCUUUUUGUAUUAUGGUCGCUUGUGAUAACGUAUCUAAAUUUUUUGCGUCGAGUUGAGUUUAUUGUAAAUGCUGAAAAAUUGUUGAUUAAAUCACAAAAUUUAUAUUAAAAAGCAAAGCUUAACAAAUUAAGUUCCGCGUUACUUUCUUAUAUGUAUAGCAAAGUGCUGCAGGCA